GUAGCUCGAGAGAGUCUCUCGAGAGGCUGGAUUAGCCACAAGUUGUGGUGAACCAGGGUAAAAUCGCUGUGCCUCUUUCUUUUCUCUUUACUUCUCGCUUAUUCAUUUUUAUUCCUGCGAUUUCUUGAUCGAACGCUAUUCACCCCCCGUCUAGCGUUUGUCUAUUAUUCUAACAAUUGGUAUCAGAGCCUAACUCGCGUCCAAGCUUAACUGUUUGAGAGUAAAGCGAUCAUGGGCUCUUCUUCUAGAAAUCUCUAUGCAGGAAUUGGAGAAGGACAAUCAACCUCUAGGCCACCACUCUUUGAUGGCACCAACUACUCUUAUUGGAAGGAACGGAUGAGAAUCUAUAUUCGUUCCACCAACUUCCAAUUGUGGUUGGUGAUCAAAAAUGGAGAAGAAAUCCCUAUGAAGAAAGUGGGAGAAACCACGGUCCCAAAGACCGAAGACGAAUUUGAUGUCGAGGACAUCAAGAAGAUCAAAAACUAUGCAAAGGCCAUCAAUAUGCUAUGUUGCGCGGUCAACCCUGAUGACUACCGAAAGAUCUCCUGUUGCACAACCGCCAAGGAGAUGUGGGACAAGCUUGAAGUGACGUACGAAGGUACCGAUCAAGUUCGCGAAGCCAAGAUCGACUUUCUCACCCAAGAGUACGAAAUGUUCUGGAUGAAAGAAGGUGAGAAAAUUGAUGACAUGUUCGACCGGUUCUCAAAGAUAAUCAACGAUCUUCAUGCCCUCAAAAAGACCUACACCAACAAGGAUCUUGUGAGGAAAAUCCUGCGGAGUCUCACACCCGAAUGGAGGUCAAAAGCCGAUGCAAUCUACGAAUCCAUCGGAGUCUCCAACAUCACCAUCGACGGGCUAAGAGGUAAUCUUAAAACCUAUGAAUCUACUUUUCUAACCCCGUCUUUGGAUGAACAAAAGAAAAAGGGGAUAGCUCUCAAAGCCACCAAGGAGCCGGUGGAAGAGGCUUCAAGCGAUGACGACAAUGAAUUCGGGCUCGUCAUCAAGAAGUUUCACAAGUUCAUGAAGAAGGAAUUUGAGCGGAAGGGAAGGAAGCACAACGGUCCUCCCAAGUGCUACGGCUGUGGCGAGAUUGGCCACAUCAAGCCAAGGUGUCCAAAGGCCAAACACGGCAAGGACAAGUCUGGCUUCAAGAAGCAAAGGGCCUACAUCUCUUGUGGUGGCGAUUCCGGCGACGAAUCAACCGACCAAGAGGAGGACGAAGCUGCAAAUCUCUGCCUCAUGGCACACGAAGAUCAAAGCAACGACGUCCAAGAUGACAAGAGCAGGGCCGCCACCUCCGGGAAAUCAAAGUCCAAAUCCCGGGCGCCUACGUCAUCAUCCGAGGAGCGUCUCUACUACGGUGACGGGUCAUACCUUUGGUUUGAUUCCGAGGAGGAGCGCACCCGUUUUCUCACCUUCUUCUCCAAACGGGUUGUGGCCCCCCUACGAAUCAUCCCGGAGCGUUACCCAGAGUUGCAGGGCUACGAAGACCUCGACGCGCAGCUUCAUCAAGACGGUCUUUGGCCGUUUGUCUCCCGGGCACGAAAGGAGAUCAACCCGGCGCUGAUCCGGGCCUUCUACUCCAACCUCCGGCGUGAGGACGACGUGCUCUACUCGCUCGUCAAGAGCACGCCGAUCGAGCUCACCGUGGAGCAGCUUGGGCGCAUCGCCAGCCUCCCCUUCCAAGGCGACGAUGUGUCUCACUAUGGUGGAGAGGAUUGGGUGCUCAACAACGAGGGCCUUAUCCUCAACGAGCUUGGCAUCACCGAACUCAAACGCCAUGGCUCGGGCCGCCCAACCAUCCACUCCGCCAAGCCCGAAGGCCGCCUCGUCCUCUACAUCGUCUCCCGGAUCAUCAAACCGAGGAAGCACGGCCACACCAUCAUGCACGGUGAAGACCUCAAGCUCAUCCAUGCGAUCAUGCAUUCGGCCCCAAUCAAUUGGGCAAAGUUUGUCAUGAUCAACAUGACGAUUGCAGCGUCCACCGAGCACGACCACCUCCUCCCCUACCCGUUUUUGGUGAUGGACAUCCUUGAACGGUUCAAGCCAAGGGAGCACAGAGCGUCCCGUGAACUUCCACAGUGCGUCGGGAAGCCACACAAAAUAAGGGUGGCCGAAACCCAAAACGAACAGAAGUCAAAACGGGCCUAGGAAUGAGAAAUAAAUGGGCCGAACAUAAAAUGGGCCAUACGAUCAGAAACGAGCAAAAUUGAGGUCAAAGUAGAGCUCGAUGGGUCCCUGACGCAUCGGGCCCCCGUUCGUCUCGUUGAGACCUUUCCGGAAAGUGCUCGCACGCUGAAAACGGACACUCCUUGCAAAAGUUAUGCCCAAAAUAGCGUGAUCACCACGCUAAGUGGUUGACGA